CGGAGGAGAGGCGGCACCACGCCGCCAUUGAACCGGGCCAUCGCGGAGGAAUAGGGCACUAGUCUGUAUCAGAAUUGAAUGUUGUGCAAUGGAAGAAAUUGGAAAGAGGACACCCAAAGUUGGUAUGAGGUUCAGAGAUUCGGAAGAGGCUUGGGAGUUUUGGGUAGAUUAUGGGGGUCACGUCGGGUUUGAUGUGAGGAAAAGAUCCACCAUCAAAAGCAGAAGUGAUGGAGUGAUUACUUCGCGCUGGUUUGUUUGUUCCAAUGAAGGCCAUCGAAGGAAAAACCAAACAGAUCAUGAGCCAAAGCGUAUUAGAGCUGAAACAAGAACCAAUUGCAAGGCUCAUAUGAUUGUUACAUAUGAUCGAGUUGCCAAACAUUUUGAAGUCACCGAAGUUGAUUUGGAACACAAUCACCGCCUUCAAUUGCCACAGACCCGCCACUUGUUGGCAUCACAAAGGAAGAUUUCAGAACUGCAAGCUUUCGAGAUAGAAACAGCCGAUGAUUCUGGAAUUAUGCCAAAAGCUGCACAUGAGUUUGCUUGUCGUCGAGUUGGUGGUAACCUUAGUUACACUUGCAGUGACCAAAAGAACCAUUUGCGAAGCAAGCGGCAGCGGGAGUUGGCUUAUGGACAGGCUGGAAGUAUGUUGAAGUAUUUUCGUGACAAGCAGGCUGAGAAUGCAGCAUUCAAAUACCAUUUGCAGUUGGAUAGUGAGGAGCAUAUAGCCAACAUAUUCUGGGUUGAUGCUAAAAUGCUACUUGACUAUGCACACUUUGGCGAUGUUGUCACAUUUGACACUACAUUUGGCACAAACAAAGAGUAUAGGCCAUUUGGUAUUUUUCUUGGGCUGAACCAGUUCAGAAAAACAACCAUUUUUGGUGCUGCCUUGAUGUUCGAUGAAACACGUGACUCCUUUAUAUGGCUCUUUGAGACUUUUCUAGCCGCACAUAAUGGAAGGCAGCCUAGAACAAUCUAUACAGAUCAAGAUGCUGCAAUGGGAAAAGCCAUAGAAAAGGUCUUCACAGAAUCAUAUCAUGGAUUGUGCACCUUUCAUAUAAUGCAAAAUGCUGUCAAGCACUUAACUUCCGUGAAGGGCGGAGAAAAAGAUGAAGUAGAAGAGAGAGAUGAAGUGGAGGAUGAAGAAAAAGAGCCUCAUAUUCUCACAGAUUUUGGUGCUUGUAUGUAUGGCUUUGAAGACAAGGUUGCAUUUGAAGAAGCGUUUGCCAAUAUGAGGCUCAAAGUGCAUAAGCAAAGUUGGUUAGAUAGUAUCUACAAGGUGAAAGAAAAAUGGGCUGAAUGUUAUAUGAGAGAUGUCUUUAGCUUGGGAGUGAGAAGCACACAAUUAAGUGAGAGCUUCAACAAUGCAUUGAAAAAUCAUUUGAAAUCAGGUUUUCAUAUUCUUCGAUUCUUGAUGCAUUUUGAGAGGACAGUGGUAGUAAAAAGAAGAGCUGAAGUAGAAUCUGAAUUUGAUGCAAUAAAGUAUAUACCAAUAAUUAAGAUGAAGACUCCUAUGUUGGUGGAAGCAAGCGAAGUAUACACUCCGAUUAUUUUUGAGGCUUUCCAAGGUGAGUAUGAAAGAUCAAUGGCUGCAUGUUGUAGAGCAUUGGAUGGAAAUAACAAAUUUGCUGUCGCUAUUGCGAGGUUGCAUGGAGAAUUACAGUUUGAGGAGGAGCGCAUGGUGAUAGGUGAUCCUUUGACCAAAACGGUUUCAUGUAGUUGCGGGAUGUUCAAUAGGACAGGAAUCUUGUGUGCCCAUGGUCUAAAAGUGCUUGAUUUGAUGAACAUAAAGACAUUGCCGGCACAUUAUGUCUUGAAAAGGUGGACUAGAGAAGCUCGCAAUGGAAGUAUACAAGAUAGAGAAGGAAACACCGUGGUAGAAAAUCCAAAAAUGGAAGCUGAACUUCGAUACAAGGAUUUGUCUCAUAAAUUUCACAAAAUAGCACAACAGGCAGCCAACUCUCCACAAUGUUGUUUUCUAUUGGAUAAUGCACUUGAUUCCGUUGCUCCGCAUAUACAUGAUUUACUCAAUGCAUCCACUAGUGCCAUGAAUGAACUAUGUAAAGACAAAGAGAAUGUUGACCCAAAUGUGCAGCAAGUAGAUGAGAUGCUUAGAUCUGCACGGCUGAAGAAAAAAGAGGUUCCGGCAAAGAACUUAAGGAGGAAGAAAACUUGGUUGGACAAGUUACUCAAGGGGAAGCACAGAGUAACUAAAGGGCCAACAAAACAGGGAGAGAAGCCACAAAAGAAGAAGGAUGGUGUGCAAAAAAAGAAAAAAGAUGGUGUGCAUCCUCAAGUAGGAGUGGAGAAGUAUGACAACAACAAAGAAGUAAAUUUGGUGCUUCAAGAGCGCAAUAAUAUUACGAGCUUCACCCAGCUCUUGACGGCUAACCUUGAUAAUUUGUUCUAGCAUGGAACCUGUUACAUAAUAUUUUGUACAUGGUGCUGAUGAUGAACAUUAUCUGAUCUAGCAUGGAACUUAUUAGAUAGUAUUUUGGACAUAGUUAACUAUAGUAGUAUGGGGUUAACUAUAUUUUGUGGCCUAAGUGUACAAGUGAAAUGGUCAUUUCGUGGAGAAUUUGAAAUGGCCGUUUUGUGGCCUAAUCUGUUCUGGUAUGGGGUUAACUAUAUUAUUUUGUGGCCUAAGUGUACAAGCAAGUGGUACCGAAUUUGUAUUGUUAAAUUACUGCUGUUUUACUGUUUAGAAAUGUCUCAAAUUAACAUAUGCAGAUCUGGUAAA